AUUGCUUGGUGGGAGGUAGGUUCAGGGCUUGGUGGUAUGAAUGAAAGAGAGAGAGGAAAUCUGGACUGAAAAGCUCAAACUGGAAUAGCUCGCCUGUCUCCAGGCAACAGGCCUGACGCAACCGCUGGAAAAAAAAAAAAAAAAAAAGAAAAAAAAAGUCCCUUAAAUAAAAAAAAAAACCACGCACACACAGAGAUUUCUGAAGCGAGGCAGAGAGGAGGAUGAGACAGUCUCCUGAAGGCGCUGGUGUCACUGCUCGGCAAAUACCGAGUUGGAGACCCGAGGUGGAAGGAGGCAGCCAAGAUGUCCGUGCAACCUUCCCUCUGACUCCCUGCACGGUGCUCAUCCAGGGCCAGAGAGGUGCUUGAGCAGGGACCACCACCACGACUGUCCUCCGAGGGGCCGCGUUUGUCACGCUACAGGAGCUGGUCCAGCCCUGAGGGUUUCCCACUUCCAUCCCUGGCCCUUUCCAGCACACCCUUAUGCUGUUUGACUCCCAGAGAGGAUGUCUCUACCCAAAAUCCAAAUAGAAGAGGCUUUGGACAGUGCAGAUACUGGCUCUGGAGGUGCCGCUCCUCCUGAUGACCACCUGAGGAGCCUCAAGGCUUUGACGGAGAAGCUGAGACUGGAGACCAGGCGCCCAUCCUACUUGGAGUGGAAGGCGAAGCUGGAGGAGCAGGCAUGGAAGAGCCCUCAGCCAGCAGGAGAGGAGGAGGAGGAGGCGACUGAGGCCAAAAAGGCCAUGGGGGAGACUGUUGCCUUGAGGAAGAUGCAGCUGCAUCUCAAUGGGAACCCCGCCCAGGACAAGGUGACUCUUACCUCAGGGAGAAUAGGUGGCUUUGAGAGCAUCGAUGAAGCUUUGACGUGGCUCAGGAAGGAAUUGGCAGAAAUGCGCCUGCAGGACCAGCAACUGGCAAGGCAGCUCAUGCGCCUCCGCAGCGACAUCAACAAGCUGAAGAUCGAGCAGACCUGCCACCUGCACCAGCGCAUGCUCAACGACGCCACGUACGAGCUGGAGGAGAGGGACGAGCUCUCCGACCUCUUCUGCGACUUCCCCCUCGUGAGCUCCUUCAGCCUCUCCACGCCGCUCAAGCUCAUCGGGGUCACCAAGAUGAACAUCAACUCCCGACGGUUCUCACUGUGCUGAAGGGAGGAAGAAGAAGGAAGGAUGGGGGAGAAAGAGAGAGAGGACUGGGCAGCGCCGGGGCUCUCUCUGCCCGACGGCUGGGUGAAAAAGGCCCAAAGAGGAGCAGAGGGAACAGGAACAAACAGGGAACCCACAGCUGGUCUUGGUGUCAGGGUACAGCAGCAGAGCUGGGUGCCGAGAUGGCCCAGAAAUGCAUGUUGAGAAGACAGGACCUGCAUGGAGGAAGUAUGGACAGCAUCUGGACCCAACAUGUGCACUUAGCCUGCUCCUUUGCAAAGUCCCUCCUUCUCUUCCCCCCACAGUAACUAAGAGGAUGCAGAUCCAGUGUGGUUGUUUGUACUCAAAAAUCAAAGGAGAAGGUCAAAGAUCAGCCACAAAGCAAAGCAAAAUCCCUUCUCCCUUCCCCUUUACCUCCUCCCAGGCUGGAGCUGUCUGUUCAGAUUCACCCUCCUCCUUGGAUGUCUCCUUGGACAUCGAUCCUCAGCCUCUGCUGGCCCAAGCACAGGGUCCACUGGGCUGUUUCAGGUAGGAAGCUGAUUUCCAGUGGAAAGGAGCCCUCCCAGCAGGUGAGGGACCACGGGUUAAAUGAUGGCCCCAAGGAGUGGUGAGAAGAUGUGUUUGUUGACUUGCUCCAUUGUGUCCAGUGUGCUCUAUCUUAAUUUUGCCUGUGGUAUAGAUUACAGACAGAUCACGGACAUGUUUUUAUAGAGACUCCAGCCAGCCAGAAGUCGCCUGUGUGCCCAAGAAGUUGUACCCAGAGCAAUACCUGUUCCUGAUCUUGUUGUCAGCAGUGACCACAAGACACCGUGUGGUUACCCCCAUGAGCAGUAAGGCAAAGGAGGUAACUUACACCCAAGACAUCUCAUAUCAGAGCAAUCACCCCCAGGCUGACAUUCACUUAACAGCAGCACCAGCAAAUCCUGGAUCCUUUGUAGCAACACACAUCCACUAGAGAAGGGAACUUCAAGAGGAGAAAAGGGACCUUUGUGUAAUGAACAUACGGUGUGACUAUAGAACUAAAGGGAGAAAUAUUGCUGUGAUGAGCUUUGGACCUCCAGCAAACACAAGGGGUUCCCUCCCUGCUUGUCAGUACGUAAGAUGGAUGCUGUAUUUUCUUGCCUUUUAGUGCACCCAGCUGCACACCUGCCUGUACUUGGCACGGAGGGCAGAGACACCCAUGGUGAAGCCCAGCAAGGGCAGGGACACAAGCAGUCUAGCCAUGGCAAUCUUGGGACACCAGGCACCCAAGAUAGUCUGUCUAGAGGGAACGUGGGUGGCUCUGGGCUCUCCCUCCUGUGCCGAGACCUCUUCUGACCGUGUCAGAGUGGUGCAAUCUCUCAACCCAUUGCCCCAGCACAGCUCUGCUCCCCGCCACAUGCCUGAACAGCGAGCGCUCUGUGGCUGAGCGGAUGGCUCUGCGUCCACGUAGCACCAGCCCAAGCUCUGGGGACGGGCGGGAGAUGCAAGCCAGCGCUGGGCUGAAAGCUGUGUGGCUGUGUUGACGUGCCUGUACCUGACUGUGUCUGUAAGCUGUGUGUGUGCAUAAGUUGUCGUGUGUGUGCAUGUGAGCCUGCAGGAUGCCUCUCUCGGGAGGCCGAAUGGUGGACCCACGUCUUUGUUCCCAAAAGUGAUGUGAACCAGAAGCCAAUGAGGCUCUGCCGUGCCUGGGAAGAUGCAGUGAGGCUUCAAGACUUGGUGUUUCCACAGAAAGCUUAAGUCAACACAGAGAAGCUAAAUAAUUUGCCUGCCUCCUCAGGUCCCCGUGGAAGGAACAAAUUAACAUCACAAAGGAGUUCAUGGCCACAUGGGGCUGGGGACUGGCAGGGGACUCUGGAGCUGAGUUCAGUCCUCUAUCUCCCGUAGCAGAUAACCCCUCGGCGAUGCCUCCCCCUCCACUUCAAAGCUCACUGAGUAUCAUUUCUUUCUGCUAAGAAAGGAGGUAUUUUGGGCACUGGAGCUCUACCUAUACCAAUAAGUUAAUCAGUGCCGGGUUUCUGAAUCUUGUGCUGCCCAGGCAGUGAAGGUUUAAUUGAGUUGUGGCCAGACUGUCAGCUGGCCCCUAGAUAAGACAACCAGCCACGAUGCCGUUUAGUUUACCAGUAGAGAAAUAGCCUUAUUUCCCCAUGGACAUCUUGAAAAAGAAAAAAAAAAAUCUCAUUAAAAUUCUUCUUUGUUUACUUUUUUAAUAAAAAAAAAAUCAAUUCAUGUCCCACAUGUUGAUUUGCAGAGGAAUUUUCGAUCAACAUAUGACAACUUUUCAGUGAAAAUAAUGCCUUGGAAGAGGUUCUCUCUAGGAUCAGCUAGAGUCGACUACAGGGUGGACCUGCCUUUGGGCUCUUGUCUGGUAGCCAAAUGCAGGAGGUUAGUACAAGCACAGUCUUAGGAGGUGAUUAUAUGUGGCAUCAGAAAUAGCAGCGGUCUGGGUUCCAGACAUGUAUUUUCUGCAUUAAGUGGAAUGGGGGAUGGUUAGAACUGCCAGCUGUUAAUCAAAAUGCACAAUUUUUUAAUUA